AUGAUAAUUUUAUUAGAUAUUAAAUAUUUAUUGGUAAACUUAUACUGUAAUAUGAAAUUCAUCUUAGUUUUAAGCUUAUUAAUCCUUGUCACAUUAGUUUUUGCUGAAGCAAAAUCUGAAAAACGUAAUGAAUUUCUACUGCGAGAAAUGCUAUCAGAUACUACUGAUAAACUCAAAAGGUUAACAUUGAAACACUUAGCAACAUUUCGUAAUAAACUCCAUAAUUAUUUCAAAGAAGAUGAUUUAGGUGAGAAAAUAGCAGAAGUUUUAGUUAUUCUGAUUAAACGUUUGAAUAGACGCUUGGAAAGUUGUUUAAAAUCAUCUAAGUUAGAAGAAUGA